AUGAGUGGAGGGAAUGGAUACUGUGCGACCGACAAGAUAAGAAAUCUCAAUAGCAGCAACAAACCGGAUGGUGUUGAAACUGGAUCGAAAUUUGACACCGAACCAGACGCCACAAAGUCGCAUUUGCCAAUCAGUCCGAAUCAAUCUCAUAUGCAGCAUCCACAUCAAUGCCAACAACUGCAGCAGCAGCAGCAGCAGCAACUACAACAAAAACAACUACAACACUAUCACCAUUCACAUCCGCCAACCAACUCUUUGCAAAACUUAGUAGAUACUGCCGAGUACGCACAAGUUCAAGACGAUACACCCUACAAUCCUCGGUCUGGAAACACCCGUGAUCUCGGUAACUUUGGUGCCAUGAAAACUGUGGUAAGCGCAAUGUUUGGAGAUGAAAACGAUGAAGACUCGGAAGAGGUGACGACGACUGGUGCUGACAAGAGCGUCGAAGAGCCACCGCGAAAAUUUCUCGAUCAUCCGAUGCAUUACAGUUCUAAUUCCGUGGGUCGAAAUAUUUCGAAUCAUUCGGUGUACAGUGAGCAUUCAACCGAGAGUGAACAGACCUCUGGAAAUCCAUUCUUAUUCAAUGAUAACAGCCAAGAACCGCAAGCCGAAAAGGGCCGUUUAAGCAGUGGUAAGCAGAUAGAUCCUGUGAUCAACAUAACUUUGGUCGGCUAG